CUUUCUUCCUCUCUCUGGUGAGAUCACUGGCCUUCCUCUCCAUCUCAAGGCAGACCUUUCAGAAGAGCAAGACUACUCCUUGUGUUCUCAGAAGUCACCAUGGCCUGGUCCUACAGCCUGAAGAACCUCCUCACAGUCUUUGGUGUUACCAUCUUAGCUGUGGGCUCUGUGGAGAGUUACCAGUGUACAGUACAAGAAUGUCAAAAUACAUCAUGCCCUGGGAAUACAAAUGUUUGUACAGCCUCUAAUGGCUGCUUCAACCAAAUACAGCAAUUUGAUACACCAUUUCCAGACCAAGUGUUUAAGCGAAAAAACUGUACUGGAGACACAGACACAUGCAGUGGACUGGAAUUCUCGGCAACACUGGGGGAGCAGCGGAGAUUCAGAUAUGUGAACCGUUGCUGCACAAGUGAUCAAUGCAACAAGGAUGACCUAACACUAUCUCAGGAGCCUGCAGAACCCAAUGGUAUUCAAUGUGUUGCCUACUAUUCGGAGCUAGACUCGUUGCAUAUCCCAACUUCUCUAAAAUGCACAGGGACUGAGACAAAGUGCAUUGUGGCUAUUGGCACAGCAAAGGGAAGCAGUGAUCCCCUUUCCAUCGUGAUGGCUGGAAUGGGCUGUGCAACAGAAAGUGCCUGCAACCUGAAAAUGACUAUUCUCAACAGUAUAGAUAUCACCACUUACUGCCUGAAUGGUCUCCCUAUAUUUCCCCCUGGCUCAUCAGUUCCAGAUAGCACGGGCCUUCGACCUACAUCCAUCUCAACAGUACCAAUUCUGGUUAUUUUCCUCCUGCUGAAAGUCUUGUUUUGAUCUCCUAGGCUCAGGCAGUCCCAUAG